AUGUCUAGCAAAGGGGCAGAGCAUCGAAAGCGACGACGAAAGCCUGUCAGGGCCAAGAAAGACUUUUCUCUGGAAAAGUCCACAGGAUCGGAAGGUUCAGCCGCAGCAGUCAGCCUCAAGAACAAUAGCAGUUCGUGUAGCAGUCCUUUGAGUGAUCCUGAUUGUGAGAAACAGCAGCAGCUCAUCAACCAUAGCAAUCGACUAGGCUUGAAACUGAGAUCAUGGCGAACGAUUACAACAGCCUGUGAAUCCGCCACGGACAUGUCUACCAGCAGCACUCUUCUGACAGGUUCUUCCAAUCACUCCGCAGUUACCGUGGGCCGAAAGAAUCGGGCUGUCGCUCCCAUGAAUGGUGGAGAUGACGACGAUGACCACAGCCACGAGGGCAGCAGCUGCUGUAGCUUUGUGAUAGAAGAAGAGGAACCACAACACGCAAAACUUGACGAAGACGACGGAGACACAGAAAAUAUUGAAGCAACCGACGAAGCGUCGCUGGGUGACUCUCACGCAGCUGCUUCCUCUUCUUCUUCAUCGUCCCCGUCUCGUAUCCGUCGAAGAGCUGUGCGUUCGAGCCCCAGCAAGCGUCCUUCCAAAUUGGACGAGAGCGACGUCACAAGCAACACUUGUCGCACUUCCCACACGAACGAAACUUGCUUUACGUCCCAAACACAUGAACCAGACGAUCACAGCGACAGCAACCAGCUUGAGGACGAAGAGGAGAAAAAAGUAGACUUUUCGGAAGAGUCUCAGGCUCUGACAGUGCGAGGGUCCAACACGAGACCUAACAACAACAUGCAGCUGGAUGACAGUAGUAGUGAUGACUCAAUACAUUUUCAAGGGGAUGACGAUUCCUCGUCCGACGGCGGUGACCUGGAGAUUGUUCAGGUGUCUUCCAUGAACCUGGGAAGCAGCGAACGAAACCUAAUGCUUCGUGAAGAAAACAAGAAGAAACGAUUCAACUUGACACCGUCCCCAGAGUUCCAACAGUCUCUCCGAAAUGCAUUUACUUCCCUUCGAAUCCUCUCGGGCAAAAUCAUCAAUCAUCCUUACGUGCAAGCGCUCAUUGUUACGUUGAUCAUCGCCAACGCGUUCAUGAUGGGAUUGGCUACCUUUGAUUUUGUCACCUACAAUCCAGAGAUUCAAGCCAAAUUCGAAAAAGUCGAUUUGGCAUUUCUCAUUUUAUUCACCACCGAAUCUGCUAUGCAACUGAUAUUCCACGGCAGAAAUCUCUUCAAGGACGGAUGGUUGACAUUCGACUUUCUCAUUGUUAUUUGCAGUUGGUGUUUCAGUUCGCUGCAAGUCUUUCGGACCAUGAGGACUCUUCGUCUCAUUGCCCGCAUCAAGAUUCUACGAAGACUCUGUGAAGCCCUGAUCGAAGCAGUUCCGCGACUCGGUGGAAUUCUCUGUCUUUUUGUCUUGAUCAUGUACAUUUACGCUGUCAUGGUGACUGUGCUUUUUGGAGACUUGUACGAACGGGGAGUCACAAAAGUAGACUACUUUUCGCGGCUCGACUUGACUGCGUUCACCCUGUUUCAAAUGAUCACACUCGAUUGGGCAAACAUAGUUCGAGAAGUCAUGGCGGUGUAUCCAAUGGCAUACUUUGUCUUCAGCACCUACUUGACUUUCACGAGCUUCAUCCUAUUCAGCCUCAUUAUUGGUGUCGUCUGUGAUGCCGUGAGCGCCAUUGAACACGAUACACAUCUGGUGGAAAUGCUCGAGGAAAAAGAGGACGCGCAAGAGAGAAUCCUUCGAUUGCAGCAACGAGUUGACUACCUGCAGAAACAGCAAAAGAGCGUCCUUGCCAGCGUUCAAACAGUGCUGGAUGAGAUCGUGAUGCAUGGAGAGGCGUACGGAGAUCCUUAUACCCCACAAGUAGGGCUGGUUGCAAUUCCCAACAGCAAUCUGAGGUCAUCGGGGAGAUCGGUUGCGUCAUCUCUCCGAUCGUCUGUCCGAUCUUCCCUUCGAGGUUCCAGAAAGUCGUCGGCAUCGUCAGUGCGGGGGUCUAUUCGAGAUUCCAUGAAGUCAGUGUCAUCCAUGCCCAUUCGAGAACGAGAGUAUGCAGCAUGA